AACUUGCUUGCCUCCGAGCCAAUAGAAGGUCGGCUUUCCUGGUUCGUCGAUGUCGACGACCGGUCUGCGGAUGCUGAGGAGCCCGAACGACUGGAGCCUCGCUCCGGACGCCGAAUGACCGGCCGAACUCAGACUCUGGAACCGGGUGGUCUGGCGGCCUUGCAUCGGUUGAUGCCGUCACGCCCGGCCGAUUCCACGACCGUUUUGACCGAGGCUCAGCCGCGGAGUCUUCGACAGGUGAAGCGUAGCGGACGUGGCCAACGGAGGCCAGAGACGAGGCUGGAUCGACUCGUCGGCUCAGGGCAACAACUGACCAUCGAGCGUGAAAUGCAUUCGUUAAAAAAUGCUGUGAAUGGAGAGACAAUUUUUAUACCUUGUUCGUCUCGCCUGAGGGCCAGCUCGACACGUACUCCUCCAGCCGAGAUACAGACCAUUUGA